AGCAUGUGACGCAAAUCUUACUCCAGCUGCGACGUAGCGAGUUUCCGUUUUGUUUUUCUCGUUUUCUUUGGAGUGGUUAAGGUUUUGUCGUGUAUUCUCGGCGCUUAUCUGUGAAAGGUUGUGACAUCCAACCCCCGAGUUCAGUGCACAGUUUCGCGCGCGUGUGCAUGUUCUUUGCACACUGCACUAGACUUGCCGUCAGGUGCGGUGGUUUCCGCCGGUGGUUUCCGGGAUUUUCACUUUCAGCUGCGGCAAUGCCGAGCACCGUAGAGAAGUCUUUCCAGCCUUACCACAUCACCGAAGAGUCAGCGGCGAUGAGUACCGAAUUCAGGAUCCGUGCUCGCAACAGAUCGUACGAGGGUCUCACGAAGGAGACCGAGGGUCAGUGGAAAGGCCCAUUCUUCUUCAUCCAAGCAGCAGACACGCAGUUUGGCAUGAUCGAGUCAUACCUGGAGAAAAAGCCAAACCCACGGUGGGACAAGGAAAUAGCGCUCACCGAGAAAGCCGUUGAGGCUGUCAAUCGGAUGGAGCCGAAGCCACGGUUCUUUGUUGUUUGUGGAGACCUCGUGGAUGCCAUGCCUGGGGAUCAGCUGAAGCCAGUGCAGGAGGCAGACUAUAAGCGGGUCUUCUCAAGGAUGAGCAGUGAGGUGCCACUUGUGUGCGUCUGCGGCAACCAUGACAUUGGCAAUCAGCCGACACCUGCCAGUGUUGGUGCCUACAAGAACAGCUUUGGCGAUGACUACUUUGCCUUCUGGUGUGGUGGUGUAAUGUGCAUUGUCCUCAACUCACAGUUCUAUGAGGACCCAUCCAUGGUGCAAGAGCUGGCGCUAGAACAGGAUGUGUGGCUGGACCAGCAGCUGGCCGAAGCCCAGCAGACGGAUGCCAAGUAUGUGGUGGUCUUCCAGCACAUCCCCUGGUUCCUGCGUAGGUUUGAUGAGGAGAAGGAGUACUUCAACAUCGUGCUGGAACUGAGGCUACGCAUGCUCGAGAAGUUCCACCAAGCUGGUGUGCGUGCCAUCUUCUGUGGCCACUACCAUCGCAAUGCUGGCGGCUUCUACAAGGACAUGGAGUUGGUUGUGACCUCCGCCGUUGGAGCACAGCUCGGCAAUGAUGGGCACGGACUUCGUGUCGUAAAAGUCGGCGAAGACAAGAUCGAGCACCACUACUACACGUUGGAUGACAUCCCGAGGACAGUCAGCCUACAUUGACCCACAGCCUCGGCAUAGAUCGUGGACUUUCUGUGGUAGGCUUUUUGGAAGCUGGUCAUGAGAACUUUCGUGCACAUGGCGAAUUAUAGGUCUGCUUGAACAAAUGCAGCAGGCUAUCAAGAAGUAGCCCCUUCCAAUUGGUGCACCUGCUGGGAUCGAUGAGGACUUGCGGAACUACUCCUUGAGGAUCAAGGAGUAGUUUUGUUAUUUUGUGUGCCAUCUGCUGAUUCAUCAGUCUGCAAGCUUAGCGAACUUGCUGACCUUAAUGUCUUUGCAGAUCGAAGAUUUAUCAACCAAAUUCGGAGAAUGUUUCUCCUAAUAAGGAUGAGUCAGAUUAAACAAUCAAAUGUAGAGGUUAAUUUAAUGUUGUACUAUGUGGAGAGUGGCCAGUUAGUGGCUUUUGUGUGAAUAAAAAGAAAUCUGAGUGAAAUAAAUUUUUACUUCCAAAGCAAAGAAAAGAAUAUUUAUAGUAGGAACGGUAGGGACAUACAGCCAAAGGACAAUGCCUGUAGCAUGGCUCAAUGCUAUGAUGAUCAGGUAGCAGCUUAGAUUUUUAGCCAAUUGCUGUGAAGUCUUGACUGGUUUGGUGUGCUUAACAAACCUUUUGGCAGGGGUCCUGUUGCCAGUGAUAGUAGAGCAAACAGUAAAGUUUGUCAAAAGAUUUAGCACUGACUAGAAUGUUGAAGGACUUCUUCAAAGCCUGACCAAGCUGUGACAGAUGUCGUCAUUAAUGUUCAAACCUCAUGGCAGGUCUGCCUAUCAAUUAAAAUGUAUUGACAGUUUCUGUUCGCAAAUGUGUUUUACGAGUUUGGGCUUCACCUAAUGUAACUUGGCUUGGCAAAUAGCUUUUGAUAACUUGUUGCCCACAGUUACAGUUGUGUAUGCAUCUGGAUUUGCUCAAUUUGCUUCCUUUUGCACUUUUUUUUCUUGUUCCUUCAGUGUGUUAUUUUGGAUACGAUGAAAGCAGCCCUGCUUUUUUGUUGGCUUAGUGUAAAUAAGUUCUUUUGAAUGCAGUCUUGUCACACGACUUGCUUCUUUUAAACACUUGUUCAACCACCGUUGCGAAACUCUGUCAUGAUUGCAUUUGCAUCCUUUAGCAAUGAAACGGUAGCUUGGCUUAGUGAAUUUGAUUCCGCUGCCUUUAUCGUGGGUAUUACUAUUUGCUGGAGAGCACAUACUUUAUUUUGUGUGUUUGUGUGACUUCUCAGAGCGUAGUACUGGGUUACUGAUAUUUUUUCUGGCACUCAGUGAUUGGCUCCGAGUGAAGUCCUGCUGCUUGCGCCUGCGGUGAGCAAAUGCAUAGAGUUCUAGCAGUGUGUGUAUGUGGAUUUUUCUUGUUUUCUUGUAAGUUUUAUUUGUUUUGAUAUUUUUUUCUCUCUUGUUACUAUAAUGUGUUGACUUUCGCACCACGAGGAUGAUGGAAUUGGCCUAUUCUUUUGGUAAUGUAAAUACGUGUUUCUGAAUGGCAAUAUUUUUCAGACUGUGUGUGUGUUGUGAACUCCAAGCUGUCACUUAGCUGGGUGAAGUUGAGCUUGCUGAAUGACUGUGUCGAAUGUAUUGGCUGCACUCCAGCUGAAUGGCUUGAGUAUAAACAUCUGAGUGUCAUGUAACGGUACUGAAUUGCUAGUAAAUACUAUUAGAUUAGUAUUGCUCAUUAAGGAAGGACACUGGUGUUGAUACCAUUUCAUUUUCUUUGUUUUUUAUUAAUAAUAGCGAAACUUCACAUUCCUGUUAAGUUUCUUGCACUGAUUUUAUAUAUUUAAUUAGUUUUGGUGUAUGUAAAUUAUUCCCUAAAAUAAUUAACAUUUCACUUCCAAUGUUUCAUGCCAGAAUGCAUAAAAGAAUGGCACCGUAAAAAAAAAAAAAAUUAAGGCAUGGUUCGUAGCCCGAAGAGUAAGGAGUGAAAUCAUGGAAACAGAGUUUUUAUCUGACCGUUAUUAGCUCAGUUAAAUGUCGCAAAAUGAAUUAACUUGUGAAAAUAAAAACGAGAUCUGCUUCCAACGUUUCAUUCUUUACUCUUUAGGCUAUCUAACCAUGCCUUAAAAUAGUUUUUUGCUGGUGCCAAUUUUUUUUGGCCUCCAACAAUGGAAGUGAAAUUUUAAUUAUGUUAGAAACUAAUUGGCCUACACCAAAAGUAAUUACAUUUGAAAUCAGUACAAAAUCCUUAACAAUAAUGUAAAAGUUUAAGAAUAUUAUUAAAGAAAAAAAUGGUUUCCAUACCAGGUGUUUCUUAAAGGAGUACUGACAUAACAUUUUCACCUUGUCAGCUAUUUUUGUGUGCGUUAAGUGAAGGUCCAAACCCCCUAACCCUCAGAACAAUACUGCCGUGUGCUAUGCAUAAUGUACUACAAUACUUGUUUCUAUGAGCCAUUUUCGGUACCCAGUAUGCUCCGUGAUGUCACAAUAUACUGGCUCCUGCAAUUUCUGCAGCUUCCACAUGCAAUCGCAGCCAAAGGAAAUGCUCACGGCACUCAUAUUUUUUUACGCGCCACGUUUUCUUCAGUAGUGUUAGUCGAUCAUUCAUGAGCAGCACCAUCAUACCCAGCCUUAUUGCUACAUGAUGUCAGUGAAAUUGCUUUGUGUCAUGACAUCAUAAUAACGUUGAUGACUCUAGGUAUGGCGUUUUGAGGUUUGUUAGUAUAAAUUCAAUUGUAAUGUUUUCCAACCUUCACACUUGCUAAAUGUGAUCCUUGUAUGUGCGAGAAGCAUGUGGUAUUGUUUCUACAACUUCAAAAAUGUGUGUCAGUACUCGUUUAAGGUACUGGGGGAGGGGACGACAGCACGAGGUGCCUGCCCACCGUAUUGCCUGUAGCGAAGUGCUCAGCGUGUGCUUAGAACGUGUGUGUGAGAUGUAAGUGGCAUUGGCCAUAAUAUAUUUUUAGUGUGUGUGCAUUGAUUACACUUAGCGAAGCGACUAAUGAAUUGCAAGUCUUGUAGUUGAAUGUGCAGCUGAUGGCAUGCUCUUUUUUUUUUGACAGAGCUUCUGAAACCUUCCCUAGAAGAAAGUGUGGUGCUAGCGUCUGUGCAGGUUUCGACAGCAUUGCUUUGUCCACUAAGGGAAUGAUGAGGAACAUGAAAAUCGCUGUGUUCUGCUACUGGCCUGUUGAAUGAUGGGACUAUAGCAACAUAAAUGCUCACUUUUGGCAACAAAAAUGAAGCAAUACAUCAACCAAAAUCAACCUCGCAUUAUACUUUCCGAGCAAAACUUGUCGCCACAGACGUCGUAUGUGUUUUAAAUCUCUGAAAAGUUGCACAUGCCGGCCAUGGUGGCUCAGUGGCUAAGGUGUUUGACUGCUCAGCACGAGGUCGCGGGUUCGAUUGGUGGCCACAUUCCGAUGGGGGUGGAAUGCAAGAACGAGCGCGUACUGUGCACAUUAAAGAAUAAUGGAAAUUCAUCUGGAGCCCCCUUCCACCUAUGUGGUGCCCCUCAUAACCCACUAUGCAGCUUUGGGACGUUCCACAAUUUUAACUUUCUAAAAAACAUUUUUCCCGAUAAAGUUUGACCAUCUGCUCAAAUAACGGUCGCUACAAGUGGCAGUGUCACCACACAGUUAUGAACAUUACGAAAUUGCAGAGGUGAUGAGCAUAUGCUGUCAGAAGCAGACGUAAAAUUUUUUCGCAACUUUGCAGCGGGAGUGUGAAAGCUACCGAGCUACAAGAAAACUGGUAUUGUAGCGACAACUGAAUCUGCUGUGCAGCAUGCGAGUAAACAAAUAUGAGGCCAAAGCAUGUACUUCCUUUUAUUCCCAUAGUCGCUGCACCACCAGUUCUUCCUCUGCUAAGUUUACAAGAAGCUUUGUUUGUUGGUUUGCUAGUGUGUUUUGGUUUGGUGAUGCGAGCAAUGCAUUGCUGAGGAGUGACUUGUUUUGAAUGAUGAUGUUGACAUGUGUUGAGAUGCGUACUAUUACACAUAUGUUUUGUUGCAGCCAGUACUCUAUAUUUAUUCUGUAAGAUGCACCAUUUUUCUGUCAAGCCUCAUUGCAGUGACACAUUGCUUUCAUGGGGUACUGUUCUGGACACAGUAUCAAAUUUUGACAUGCUGGCAUUUUAAGCGGAUCAGAGAGCUGCCCUCUCAGCCAAUCAGAGCUGACAAGAUGGCAAAUUUGGCACUAUGGUGGGAUGUGAUGGUCUCCAGAAUAGCACCCAUAAUUAGCUAAGCUGCACCAAGACGAUAAAACACUGUCACUUUUGCUGUGUUGUUCUUUUUGUGCCGUUUAGCUAAUUAAGAAGUCAAGCUCGCCCAAGUUUUCAUUCUAAAGAGCUGGUUUAGUAAGAACCAUCUAUGAAAUACACUGUUCCUAGUUGCAACAUUUAAUAAACAAUAGUGAUUGGAUUGCAAAGGACCCUGUCAUUGUUAUCUCUUGGGGCACCUAUACAGUGCCACAGGUGCUUAGGUACAGAUGGGAAAACAUGUGUUGUCAGCUUUGGCAUGUUCUUUGAACAUCAGCUACCAUGUUUUCGAAUAAAGUUUGUUGUUAGUGGAGCA